AUGUGUAUCGUACGUGUGCUGUGUUCCGGGCCUGGCUUUAGGUGUUGGGAAUAUAGCAGUCACCUCGCUGAAUCAGCCGGGAGAGGAGAGACUGCUGCUGUGUGUCUCACAAAUGGAGAAACAGACCCCAAGAAGUUAAAGCCGCCUGGAAAUGGAGUCAACAUAGAGGAAUACUGGGCUACCGUCUUGGAGAAGGACGUCUGGGAGCCUAGAUUCAGUACUACCUGCUCCGCUCCCGGACUUCUCAUUUCCUUGAGCCUCUUUCCAUGGAAGCUGGUUUGUGGCCCUUGCAAGCACCUGCACUGUACUUGCCUCAGCUCAUGAACGGGGAGUGCACGCGGAAGCUAAAGUGCGCACAACGGCUUUGCCACUUACUAGAGGUGUGUCCUUCUAGCUUCAGGGAUCUCACAGAAAGACUGAGGGGGGGCUGCCCGCGGCGGAGCACCCAGGACGCGGCUUGGCCUGGUGACGCGAGACGCUCUGGUAAUUCUGGAUGCGGCCAGCAGAGGGAAGCAGAGAGCCACCUGGGCUUCGCACGGCUCCGCUCGCCGCCCCGAGUUCGCCCUCCCGGGAACUUGCCGCUUGAGGCGCCUCGCAGGCCAGGAGUCCGCGUGUUUCGGGUCUCUUCGCUCGUCCUCCUCUCUCCCGCCGGGCUUCCUGAGGGCGGGCGGAGAGGAACGCUGGGUGAGGGGAGCGUCAGCUUCAACCCGAACUUUGUGCGUCCUCUAGCAGAGCUGCGCCUUCCCUGGGCCUCAGUAACCAGGCUGGGAUCCGCGGGCCGCUCCAAUGCUAGGUGCCCCCACUUCCUGGGAUGGGGUGGUGCGCGCUCCCCAAGGAUAAGGAUUUCGGCGGCAGACGGGGAUCCUCUUUCUAACCCCCGUAACCCAGGCCUGGAGGGUCAGCGGGACCUCCGGAAGCAGGACAGUGCUCACCUCAUAGCACCCUAGCCAGUUCCCAGCAUCCUCCUGGACAGGCUCCCAGAGGCCCACAAAGGCCUUCAGACAAAGUUCUGGGCCAGCUUUGCCUGUGCCCUGGGCCCGCAGCCGGCUGGCUCUAGGUACUCCAAGUCCCUGGCACUGCUUAUGGGGUUUUGUCCACUAGCCCUGGACCAGUGCUGGCAGGGCUCUGUUUGCUGGGGGUUGGGGGUGGGACAGGCAACUCUCUCCCUCUCCUUUCCUUCCUGCCCCUGGCCUUGCUGUCCUCCCAGAGUCCUUCCCACAUCUCAGGCCCGCUCAGUUGUGUGGCCUUUCCCCCACGUGUCCUUCUCUUGGCCGCAAGCCGAAAUCUUUGCCAUCCUCAGGUCCUGCUUAUAUUCUCCCACUCAUUUCUUCAUUCAUCCGUGUAUUCAGCAAGUAUUGAGCUCCUACAAUGCUCCGGGCCCUUGCUAGGUGCUGGGGAUCCAGCAAUAACAAGACCCAGUUCCUGUCCUCUUUGGAGUUCACAGUCCAGGGAGGUAGUAGGUAGGAAACUAGUAAACUCAUACUUAAAAUUUGAUAUCAUUUUCUGAUAACUGGGGUGAAGCAGAGAAGUUGGCUGUUCCUGGAAGCUCUGCCGGCAGGGAUGUUUCCUCUGGAAAAUCAUCCCAUAGGCUGUGAGCUGUGGAGGGAGGGGCUUUGUCUGGGUCCUGCCCACCCUCCUCCCAUGGCCAAGCACAGGGCAUGCAGUAGUUGCUCAGUAAAUGUUUGUUGAACAAAUGGAUGAACCAUCAUCCUCAUGGCCACAGGACGGCCAGUGAGAAUGGCUUUUCCUUCCCACAUGCCCUCUCAGCUAACAUAGGAGUCAUAGGUAAUGCGGGGGAUUAUACAGAGAAGACCCCGAGGUUCCAAGGAUUCUAUCCUGAGCCUCUGUGGCUUCCUGCCUAGCGCCUCACCGCAUAGCUUCCCUACCUUGGGCUCUGUCAGAGUCCUAUGGCUCAUGCAUGGAUUUGUCCAUGACCUCUCAUCCAUCUAUUCUUUGGCUUUAUCACCCUUCGGGUGCCUACUGUAUGCUGGCCCUGGGCUCUGGAGGAAGUGGGGACCCAGAGAAGAGUGGGAAGAGUCCUUGCCCUCAUGGGCUAUCCAGUCCAGACAGUAAUGGCACAGCGUGAUGUGUGCUGUGAUGGGGCAAGAUGAUGGUCUGUGUGAGCCCGGGGUGUGUGUGCCUAGUCGGGGACCUGUCCUCAGGGAGGCCUCCUCUGGCUACCUGGCUGAAGGCGCUCCCACCUAGCUAUUUCUAGCUAGGGGAUGUCACAUCCCCAUUUUUUUUCCAGAGUACAUUUUAGUAUCUGUAGUUAUUUUCUUCCUUUGUCUGCUGGUGUGUUCAUUAUCUGAGCACUUACUGAGUACCUGAAAUGUGCCAGGCAAUGUUCUGGGCCCUGGGCGUACAGAAGUGAACAAAUUUCCAGCUCUCCUGGAUCUUAUGGUCUAGUGAUGGUAGUGGUGGUAGGAAGACAGACAAUAACCAGAAUAAGCAAGUAGGCAUGUAGUAUAUAAAUAUGACUUCUGGAGGAAAAGCAAGCCGGCCAAGGGGAGGCUGGUAGUAUUUUAGGCAGAGAGCUGAAGGGGGUGAGGGCUAAGCCCUGCAGCCACCUGGGGGAGGAGUUUCAGGCAGAGGCAUAGCCAGUGCAAAGGCCCUGAGGUGGGAAUGUGCCUGAUGUGUUAGAGGAUCAGUGAGGAGGCCCCCGUGUCUGGAGAGGAGUGAGGUCAGACAGGUGGCAGGGCCCAGAUCAUGUAGGAACUUGUAACCAUUGUAAGGCUUUGCUUUAACUCUUAGUGACAUGAGAGCCAUUCGAAGAUUUUGAGCAGAGGAGUGACACAAUCUGGCUGACAUUGAACAGGAUCCCUCUGGCUGCUGUGUUGGUAAUGUUGGUAGCAGGGCUGUGUGCAUCAGGGGGACCAGUGAGGAGGCGAUGGUAACAAUCCAGGUGAGAGGUUGCAGCCAGGUGGUAGCAGUGGAGCUGAUGAGCAGUGGCCAAUUGGAGACGCGUUUUGAAAGUAGAUCCCGCAGGGUGUGCUGAGGGAUUGCAUGUGGGGUGUGAGAGGAAGGACAGCUCCUGCCUUUCAGCCUGAGCUGAUGGAAGGAGGGUGGUGGCAUCUACUGCGGCGACGAAGAGGUCACUUCUGGUUGAGGUGAGUCAGAGCUGCUCUUUGCAUAUCCUCGUGGAGAAGUCAGGUCAGCUGUUGGGUCUGAGGGUCUGACCUGAGAGGGAAGAGGUUUGGGCUGGAGAACCACACAGAAGGAUCCUUGUUUAGGUGGGCUUUGAGGCCAGGUGGGAUCACCACGGGAGAGGGAGCUGGAAAAGAAGACAGAGGGCCGACACCUGGGGCCUUUGGUACUUGUUGGUCAGGGAGUGGAGGGAGAAUCAGCAAAGGAGGGUGGAAAGGUUCAGCCAGGGAUAUAGGAGGGCAGUGGGAGUCCUGCAAGUCAGCGGGAGGAACUGUUUCAAGGAGGAAGAGUGAUCAAGUGUGGCAGAUGCCGCCAGUAAGUUGAGGUGUGAGAAUUGACUUUGGAUUUGACAUUACAGUGGUCACUAGGGACUAGGCCCCAGUCUAUCUAGGUCCCUUUGUACAAAUAGGAGAAAGCGGCGGCUCCUCUAGGUGGACCCAGUGUACAGAGCACGCAGAAGGGAGAUACCUUGGUAUAAAGGAAACGGUGUCUGUUCCCAGCCCGGUGUGGCCUUGCACCAGGCACAGCAUGGUGAGGGGACAGCAAACUGGAUUUCAGCUCCUUUUCCACCCCUUGUGCACGUGAAGUGCCUUUGUGCAGUGCCCAACCUGUGCAUAUGUACUCAUUAGCUGUGUUGGUGACCUUGAUGAGCAGUGUCAGUGGAAUAACUGUGGGUGAAGGGAUGCGAGUCAGAUAGGAGUGAGUUCAAGAGAGAAUGGGAGAGAAAUUGGAGAGCACGGACAACUUCUUCAAGGAGCUUUGCUAUAAUGGGGGACAAGAAAUGACACAAUAGGGGGCUGGAGGGUUGUGAGGAAUUAGCAAGAGAGUGAGUGAAGAGAAGGGAUCCUAGGCGGGGGACCAGCAUAAGCAAAGUGAGGCUGUUGGAAAUGGUGGGCCUGUAUAAGUGUGGGUGGGGUCCUAGAACAUCACAUUUGAAGUGUGAGGUGUCAGGACACUGGACAGGUGGGCUGGGGCCUUUGUCUUGGGGGCAAAGGGGCAAGGUUGGAGCAUGGCUGGGCACACAGCGGUGCUCCCUGAGUACUGCAGGAUUGGCCUGGGGAGAUCCCUACACAGCCUCUCAUCCCCUGGCCUCAGUCCACCAGCUGGAAGCUGGGAGCAUUGGGUGUUGCAGACGCUGUCUGGGCCAAGACUCCUCUGGAUCCAUAUGCCUUCCUCCAGGUGGUGGGCCUCCAGUCCUGGCCUCCUCUCCUCCCUGGAAGCCCCACUCUGCUCAGGCUGAGGAAGAGGAGGAGGUCCUGCCUGGGUCUGGGGAGGCAGGAGGUCAGGUAGAGGCCUCACCAUGGUAGGGGCUGUGCUGGGCUAAGUGGGCUGGGAACUGGGCCCCAUGCUCCUGUCCAGCCUCCAGCACCUGCCUUCCUGAGACUCACCUUCGGGUGCACUGGGAAAGGUGGGGGAGGAGGAAAGGGAAGUCACUUGGAGGAAGGGGGAGAAGCUGCUGGUUUUUCUUUUUUCCCUGGGGGGAUGCUGAGAAAUGUAGUGCAUUUUGGCUGCUGGCUGGGGAGAUGCCGACCCUGUACUCUUGCAGGAGGCAAAAGUAGCUACACGGAAUUGUAAUGAUAACUCUGUCUCCUGUGUCCAGUGCACACAAAGCACUGUCUCCCACGGAGGCCGUCUGUGGCCUUGUGACAGCCCUUCGAGCCCUUUGCACUUUACACAGUUAAGUGAGAUUCAGGGAGGGGAUCUAGCUGUGCGAACGCAGGCAGCUGGGUUAGAUUAGAAGCCGGGGCUCUGGCCCCGGCCAGCCCAUGCCCAGGGCAAGAGGCUCCCAGAGCUGCCAGUGAUGGGGAGCAGCCCCAGGCCAGGGACUAGGUCCUGUGUGCCAGAUUAAGCGGGGAGACAGCUCUAUCUUCCUCCCUGCCUCCAUUCUUUCCUUCCGCAUGCAGUUACUGCCUUAGGUCUUGAGGGUCCAUUGUAACAAGAAAGGCCCUGCCUUCAGGGGGCUCACAGUCCAACUAGGUGGACAGCGAGUAAGUGAUCCAUACCAUCAGUGGGUCUCCCAUUACAGGUGCAAUCCCCACGGCCUGCUGAGUGCAUCGGGUGCCAGGCCUGGGUGGGUGGGCCCUGAGCACUACAGCUCCUUUCAUCCCACCCCAGCCCACAAGAGAGGGGCUCUUCCCAUCCUUACUGGGUAGUUGAGGAAGUGGAGGCUUAGAAAGGUUGUCCAGCUGUGACUUGAGGUCAUGGAUCCUGAGCAGGGAGAAUGUGGAAGCAAAGCCCUGUCACCUCUCCUUCACCCACGGCUCCUGUUGCUUGUCACCCAUCCCUGCCUACAGGUAGCAGAGGGGGGAAGGUUAGAGGGCAGGAUGGCAGGACAGCCAUGUUCCUUCUUCUUCCAAGAAGAUCCUGGGCACUUGCGAUACAGUAGCCCCCUUGUUUCUGGGCUCUGUGGAAAUCUCCUUGGGUUUGAUGGGCAGGAAAGGGGUAUGGCCUGAGUGCCCUCUCAACUGCCCAGCUGUGUCCACAGGAUCAGACCUCCUGGGACCCUAAGCAAGUGGCCAGUGCUUUGGGGCCUCAGUUUUCUCAUCUGUAAAAUGGGUUGUAGGAUUGUUCUGAGGGUUAAAUAUAACAGAUGGUAGGCAUUUACCGUGGACUCUGGCACAUGGUGGAAGUACAGUUAACAGAAGUGUCGCCAUGGCUGAUGAAACCUCAUGUGGCCCAGCUUGAAGAAGGAGGAGACUAAUCCCAGCUCACACCCCGCAUCUCGCAUUAUUCCAUCCUGCACAGCUUAGACACCCCUAACGGGUCAGCAAAUCCUCUCCCUUCUCUCACCCUCUGCUCCUAAAAAGAGGCCCUGUAACUCUGUGUGUGUAUAGGUAGAAAGAAGGUCAGGGAAAGCUUCUUGGAGGAAUGGGCAUUUAAGCAGGGAUUUGAGGGCUGAGUAGGAGUUCAUCGAGCACAGCAGGAUCAAGGCCUCACCUGGCAGGGGAUGGAACACCUGCAAAGAUCUGGAGACGGGAAGGAGCCCAGGCAGUGAACAGCCCCUGGGGCCUGGUGUGGAAGAAAAUUGUGGAAAGUGGCUUUCUGUGGUAGGGCUGACUCUACCCUGAGCUCCCCUUUAGUGGAACUGGACCUGUUCACCCUCCCCUGCUCCCCUGAGCUUCUGUCUCCAUAGAUCCCUACAGGUGGGGGCCAUUAUUACCUAUGUGAGAGGUGGAAUCUUGCCCUGCAGGAGCCUCAAGGCUAGGAAGUUCUUCUGGGUGUCUGUUCCUGUCACCCUUCUUCAGAGCUAGGGUCCUGGGUGGGGGGGACGUCUUCAAGGUGGUGACCAGCAUGGGGAGAACUGUGGGGCAGGUCCCUUGGGAGAUGGUUUUCAUAGCCUACAGCAUCUGUAUCUCUCUGCCUAGGCAGUUUCCCCUGACCUGGCUCUGGGAGUUUGCAUUCUUGAUUGGAUCCACCCUUCCCCUCUCCCUCCCUCAAGGUCUCUCUCCUUUGUCUGAUCUUCGGUUCUGAGCCCCCCUUCUCACCCUGUACCCCAGGUCUGUCUAUCCCUCUGUCUGUCUCAGUAGGUAGGUAUGUAUGUAGGUAGGUAGGGUAGGCUCAGUUUACCUAUCUCGGAGAUGGUCCACCUUGUCACCCAUCCAGGUAGGAUAUCUCUGGGCUUGUGUGGGGAAAGGAAGGCGAAGAGUUAGUGGAGGAACAGACCUUUGGAGCAGGGCAAGAACCUGUUCCCUCCUUCACCUGGAGGAGGGCUAAGCGGAGCCUGAGGGCUCAGGGUCUGAGGCUAAGGGUCCUGCCGCGGGGGUUGGGGGGGCGGUGGCUGGAUCUGACCCAGGGUUAGACGGCAGCCGGCCCGGCUGGGGGUGGGGGUGUGGAACAUCGCUGCGCUCCCCUCCCCCACUUUCUUAAAGGGCCGGCUCGGGGCUGUGCGGAAAGGGGCUGGCCUCACCCUCCCUGGCCGGGUGGGGGCACACAGUGGGGACCUGGGAGCGGAGGCGUGGCGGGCGGGGCAGCCCGAGUGGCUGCGGUCGCCUCCGGCUCCGCUCCCGCUACCCACCCGCCUGCAGUCCCCCCGCCCUUCCCCGCCCUUCCCGCUCCUCCCUCCCUCCCUCCUUUUCUCCUUCCUUCCCUCCCUCCUGCCGUCCGUCCCCCCAUCUCUGCUCAGCUUCUCCACAGCCGAGGCUCUGACACCUGAAGGGACUGAAGCGGGCGCGGGGAGUCCCGACAGGCGGCGGUGGAGUGGGACGGUCAGUCCAGCGGAGGCCUCCGCAUGGCCCCGCCGUGAGCGGCUGGACCCAGCGACAGGGACCAGGAGCGAAGCUUCAUCCACCUGGUCAUCCACGCACCAGGUCAGCAAAACUGAUUGAACCCGUACUUCAGACAACAUACUGGUGAUUCAGUAGACGCUGAGGAGGUCUUCAAGAAACUCCCAACCUCAGGGGUGGUAUGGGGGUCUAGAGGAGUCCCAGGAGCAAUCAGCGCAGGGAGGACGUAGUGGCUGCCAUGGAUGAGGAUAAGCUUCCAUCUGUACUACCUGGGGAAGGUGGUGCUGCCUGGGACCCCAGCUUGGAGCCUGAGGAAGAACCUGGGGUCCAGAAUGGACUGGCACACAGUCAGGACCUGAACAGUAGCUACAACAGCCCAGGGCAUGAGAUGAGGGGCGCUCUGGUGGAUACUGAGGAGCCCACAGAGGGCCUGGACAUGGCUCUCCAUGGCCUCAGCCUUGGCCUUCCCUUCACCAAUGGCCUAGUCCUGGGGCCAGACUCAAAUAUUCUGGAAGAUUCUGCAGAGUCCAGGCCCUGGAGGGCUGGUGGGCCGGCAGAGGGGGACAAUGCUUCCAGGAAUCUCUGUCUGGAUACUGAGGACCCUCAGCUGGGGCUGGGUGGCCCCGGAGAGCCAGAUGUGCGGGAUGGCUUCAGUGCCACGUUUGAGAAGAUCGUGGAGUCCGAGCUGCUGCGGGGCACCCAGUACAGCAGCCUUGACUCCCUGGACGUGCUGAGCCUCACAGACGAGAGCGACAGCUGCGUCAGCUUCGAGGCCCCCCUGACACCCCUCAUCCAGCAGCGGGCCCGUGAGAGCCCUGAGCCGGGGGCUGGCUUGGGCAUUGGGGACAUGGGGCCUGAGGGGGACCCAGGAGCAGCUGGUGGUGAUGGGGAGCUGGGCAGCCCCCUGCGGUGCUCCAUCUCCAGCAGCCGAUCAGAGAACGUCCUGAGCCACCUGUCUCUCACAGCCGUGCCCAAUGGCUUCCAUGAAGACGGACCCCAGGGUCCAGGUGGGGAUGAGGAGGAGGAGGAGGAGGAGGACACAGACAAGUUGCUGAACUCAGCCAGUGACCCCAGCCUGAAGGACGGCUUCUCGGACUCAGACUCGGAGCUGAGCAGCUCAGAGGGCCUGGAGCCUGGUAGCACAGACGCGCUGGCCAACGGGUGCCAAGGGGUCAAUGAAGCUGCUCGCCGGCUGGCCCGCCGUCUCUACCACCUGGAGGGCUUUCAGCGCUGCGACGUCGCCCGGCAGCUGGGCAAGAACAACGAGUUCAGCAGGCUGGUGGCUGGGGAGUAUCUCAGCUUCUUCGACUUCUCGGGCCUGACUUUGGACCGAGCGCUCAGAACCUUCCUGAAGGCCUUCCCGCUGAUGGGGGAGACGCAGGAGCGUGAGCGGGUCCUGACGCACUUCUCCCGCCGGUACUGCCAGUGCAACCCGGAAGACAGCACGUCGGAAGAUGGGAUCCACACACUCACCUGUGCUCUGAUGCUGCUCAACACGGAUCUGCAUGGACAUAACAUUGGCAAAAAGAUGUCCUGCCAGCAAUUCAUUGCCAACUUGGACCAGCUGAAUGAUGGCCAAGACUUUGCCAAAGACCUGCUGAAGACUCUUUACAACUCCAUCAAGAAUGAAAAGCUGGAAUGGGCCAUUGAUGAGGACGAGCUGAGGAAAUCACUGUCUGAGCUGGUGGAUGACAAGUUUGGGACAGGCACCAAGAAAGUGACACGGAUCCUGGAUGGUGGCAACCCCUUCCUGGAUGUCCCGCAGGCUCUCAGCGCUACCACCUACAAGCAUGGUGUGCUGACUCGGAAGACUCACGCCGACAUGGAUGGCAAGAGGACACCCCGUGGGAGGCGUGGCUGGAAGAAAUUCUACGCGGUGCUCAAAGGGACCAUCCUGUAUCUGCAGAAGGAUGAGUACAGGCCCGACAAAGCUCUGUCUGAGGGCGACUUGAAGAAUGCCAUUCGCGUGCACCAUGCUCUGGCCACCAGGGCCUCCGACUACAGCAAGAAGUCCAACGUGCUCAAGCUGAAGACAGCUGACUGGAGGGUCUUCCUCUUCCAGGCACCGAGCAAGGAAGAAAUGCUGUCCUGGAUCCUUAGGAUCAACCUGGUGGCCGCCAUCUUCUCAGCGCCAUCCUUCCCCGCUGCUGUCAGCUCCAUGAAGAAGUUCUGUCGGCCCCUGCUGCCCUCCUGCACCACUCGCCUCUGCCAGGAGGAGCAGCUGCGUUCUCAUGAGAAUAAGUUGAGGCAGGUGACCGCGGAGCUGGCUGAGCACAGGUGUCACCCCAUCGAGAAGGGCGUCAAGUCCAAGGAGGCCGAGGAGAACCGGCUGAAGGAGCAUUAUCUCACUUUCGAGAAAAGCCGUUAUGAGACGUAUAUCCACCUCCUGGCUGUGAAAAUCAAAGUGGGUUCAGAUGACCUGGAGCGGAUUGAGGCCCGGCUGGCCACUCUGGAAGGCGAUGAUCCUUCUCUCCGCAAGACACACUCAAGCCCCGCCCUCAGCCAGGGCCACGGGACUGUGACUGGCAGCAAAGCUACGAAGGAUCCCACCGGGCCUGCUACUUAGCUGGCACGGAUGGGCAGGCCCCAGAGGCAGGCAAAUGUCCCCAGAGGGGUCAGUGAGCACAAUUCCAGCCAGGGGCUACUUGCGCCCACUCCAGGCAGUUGACAGGCAGCCAGAGGGGUGCGAAGAGCCCCGUGGGCCAAGGAGAUGGAGAUGCUAUUCAUGGCCUUGAUCUCCUUGCAUCCUGGGGUUUAUCUGGGCCUCAGACCUUCUCCCCAGCCCUCACAUUCCUCUCCACCGUGGAGCCUCAUUUUGUAGGCCAGUUACGUGCAUGCUCUAGACAUGAUCUCACUGGAGGAGGAGGAAGGGCAGCUGGCUUCCCAGGCCCUCCCCUUCUCACAAGUUCCUUCCCCCAUCUCCCUUGUUUCCAAGGGCAGCUCUUGACUCCAGCUGGCAGCUUGGACCCCCCCCCCACCUCCUCCUUCCUCAGACUUGACCAGCAGCAGGUCUGCAGACCACCAGCACCAUCCCCUCCUCCCUCCACCCAGUAGCUUCUGGAACCAGGCCCUGUUCUCCUGCCUCCCUUUGCAAUAAUCGAAGACCCAGGCCUGCUCCCUUGAUGUCAAGCUGUCUACUCAUGCGUGCGUCCACCUCACCUUGCAUUUAUGGAGGCCACUCCUGCUUUCUUUUAUAUGGACAAAAAUGUAUAUAUAUAAGAAUUAUAUAUAUAUAAGGAACCCCUUUAAAGAUGAUUUUGGAAUUGGUAUCAAGAUGAAAUAAGAUGAAGGAGAAGCCUAUUCCAGAACUCCACCUGUUAGCAAGGAGGGCUGCUACCUGGCCCCUUGGUGGCCCAGACACUCUGGGAGAGAAGGUGGAGAUACACUGACCUCCUCUUGCCCCCUUGUCCCCUCUUCCGGCUGACCUGUGACUUAUGCUGCUCUUACAGUUGAUGCUUUGGAAUAAAUAGACGGUGUGUGCGCCACCCCAGCUGGCCCACAGGGAUUCUAGGGUGUGAGUGGGAUGGGACCAUGGCCCUGUUUAUAUUUUGGUCUUUAUGUUGGUGCUGCCAGGUCUCUGAGCUCCAGAGUGGCCUCUUGUACAGAGCUGCUGCUACAGGAAUAAAAGACACUCUGCUUUGCAAACAACCACUUGUCAACAAGCCCAAAGAUGUUUGGUGGAGGAAGGUUAUGGAAGCCCUUAAUUCCUGGUCUUGGGAAAAGGCAGAGAAAGAAGUUGCUGAUUGGUUUUUAAGUUGAUAUUUCUUUCAUUCUUCUAGUGAUUCAGAAAUGCUAGCUAAGGACAUGCCUGGGGAGGAUAGAAGAAUUUGCCACGUGAUGUUCACAGACUAGUAUCCUGUAAACCCUGAAUUCCUCAGACUGACAAGCGGUGGGGGUGAUGGGACCUUCCAUGAGCUAUGAUGAGCAGAUCCUUUAUAUUUUUGAAAUAGAUUAGUUUGGGCAGCAAUUUGAUCUCAGUGGUAACAUAUUUAGUUAGUGGCAAGGUUGGCUUAUCUUAUUAAGUACCUAACAUUUAUUGAGCACGCUCACAUUUGAUGCCAGGGACGGAUGAGUCUGUGGAAGUAUGUAGCGAUCUAAAUCCAGAUGAUUUAAUUUGGAUCAGCUGAAGUGUAUUUUAUACCCACACCAUCUGGCCCCUUUGUUUUGCUGAGGGGAAGUAAAUGUUCACUUAACUGAAAUUGAAAGAACAAUGUAACAUGAAAGAGCUCUCUGUACUUUUCCCACACUGGCUCAAAGGUCUUUGAUUUUGGGGGUCAGCUUCCCCCCCUCCACCUCACGAGGGCGGGUGAGUGAAAGCAGAGGAGCAAGCUUCUGUCUGCUGCAGACAGAUAGGCUUCCCUGAGCACUAGUGAUGUCUCCCAUCAGUAAAAAAAAUCUUUAGUUCACUUUCUUAAUUGUAUAAUUAUUUAUUGUAAAUUAUAUACAUGUACUACUGUACUAAAAUAUUAUGUACAUUAUAAAACAUACACAAAAAUAGAAAUUUAAAAAGAUGAGAUGAAAAUAAAUCUAAGUCAAAGUUCUAAUAU